GUACUUCCUCUAAUCAUUCCUGAAAGUCCCCUAAUUCUUUCAUCUUCUUUCAAAACAACUUUUCAGAAAUGGCCAACACUCAAUUGAAACCAGUUGCAUCAUUGCUUUUGGUUCUUAACUUCUGCAUGUAUGUUAUAGUUUUAGGCAUCGGUGGUUGGGCUAUGAAUCGCGCCAUCGAACAUGGCUUUGUCAUUGGCCCAGGACUUGAUCUUCCUGCACAUUUCUCGCCUAUCUACUUUCCGAUGGGCAACGCUGCUACGGGAUUUUUUGUGACAUAUGCUUUGAUAGCUGGAGUUGUUGGUGCUGCAUCAGUAAUUGCUGGUGUUAACCAUAUUCGUAACUGGAACGCCGAUAGCUUGCCAUCUGCAGUCACAGCUGCUACCAUUGCCUGGUCUCUUACACUCCUCGCCAUGGGCUUUGCUUGCAAAGAGAUUGAUCUCCGCAUCAGAAAUGCCAAGUUGAGAACACUGGAGGCAUUUUUAAUCAUCCUCACGGUUACACAACUCCUGUACAUAGCAGCCAUUCAUACUGUUGCACCAAUGAGGAGAUCAUAAUAAAUUCAAGUCCUUUGAUGGAAAUAUCUUGUGCCUUCAAUCUUUAUUUUGCUAAAAUUUGUUUUCCCCUGUGUACUGCCAAGGUAUUGGCUGAUUGUGGGUGUGGUUAGUAUGUAAUAUGACAGAAACUGUAUGAACUAAUAAAGGAAAAAUGAUUUCAUUGGCCGUGUUUAUAUUGUUUCUUCAAAAUGACAUGUUUGCUCAAACCUCAAUAAAGCAA